AUGGACAUAGCUAUUUCAGAGUUGAAUGGUGGUGGGUGGGUUCACAUCUUCCCAGAAGGCAGUCGUUCGGGAGAUGGUAGGGAAACCAUUGGGUCUUCCAAGAGAGGUGUUGGGAGGUUAGUCCUAGAUGCUGACAACGUACCAAUGGUUGUCCCAUUUGUGCAUACUGGGAUGCAGGAAGUCAUGCCUAUUGGUGCUACCUUUCCAAGGAUUGGCAAGACAGUAACUGUACUUAUCUGACCGAUCGAGUUUGAUGAUUUGCUUAAUGAGGAACAAGUAGAAAAUGUAUCAAGAGGAAAGCUUUACGAUGCUGUAGCUUCAAGGAUUGGUCAUCGACUGCAACAGUUAAAACCAACUGUCCAAGUCGACAGACUAGCUCUUGAGCAACCAACUGCCGAACGUGCAGCUGAGAUCCUGCAACAGUUUGACUGGGAACCAUUCGGCAUCCGGAAUCACGCAUUAAUAUUUAUUUAUAUUCUUAUGAUCAGUGUUAUGAAAAUGGGACCGUUUGAUUGGGAACCGGCGUCAUCUUCGGCCUGGUUUCUCUUAAAAACUGGUAUUUUUAAUCAAACUGGAUAG